UGGGAAAAUGUUGCUCAAACAGAUCGGUACCGUUCUGGCACGAGCCGAAUGCCAGCGACGCCACCGCUCUUUGGUGCAGUUAAGCCGCCACUUUUCCGCAGUUCCAUUGGCUGAACCGGCCGCACCAUCGCUAAAAACCGAAGUACCUGGACCAAAGUCAAGAGCAUUGCUGCAACAGCUAAAUCAACUGCAGAACGCUAACUCGGUUCAGAUGUUUGUGGACUAUGACAAAUCGUACGGAAACUAUCUGCAGGACGUGGAUGGCAAUGUGCUGUUGGAUAUCUAUACACAAAUUUCUUCCGUACCGCUGGGCUACAAUCAUAAGGAGCUGCUGAAUGUGUUCCGGGAUGAACAUAAUCUUUCAACUCUCAUCAACCGUCCCGCAUUGGGUGUGUUUCCGGGCGAGGAUUGGCCCAACCGCUUGCAGAACGUGCUGAUGUCGGUAGCACCGGUCGGGCUCGAUCAUGUCACGACCAUGAUGUGUGGUUCUUGCUCUAACGAGAAUGCUUUCAAAAACAUCUUCAUCUGGUACCAGAAGAAGCAGCGGGGCGAGGCGAUACCCUUCACCGAGGCGGAGAUACAAUCGUGCAUGAUCAAUCAAGCGCCGGGCGCGCCGAAGCUAAGCAUCCUGAGCUUCCACGGUGCGUUCCACGGUCGUACGCUUGGGUGUCUGUCGACUACGCAUUCGAAGUACAUCCACAAGAUCGAUGUACCAUCGUUCGAUUGGCCCAUCGCUCCGUUCCCCCAGUACCGCUAUCCGCUGGAGGAAAAUGUUCGUGAAAAUGCUCAGGAAGAUGCCCGUUGUUUGGCGGAGGUAGAGCGAUUGAUUGAGCAGUACGGCAAGCGAGGCAUCCCGGUAGCGGGCAUAAUUGUUGAGCCGAUUCAGAGCGAGGGCGGCGAUAAUGAGGCGUCUCCGGAGUUUUUCCAACAGUUGCAAAAAAUCGCCAAAGCCCGUGGUAGUGCGCUGCUGAUCGAUGAGGUGCAGACGGGUGGUGGACCGACGGGAAAGAUCUGGUGCCACGAGCACUUUAAUCUACCGAGCCCACCGGAUGUGGUGACGUUCAGCAAGAAGAUGCAGCUCGGUGGCUACUAUCAUGGUGCGCACAUGAAACCGUCGCAGCCGUACCGCGUGUUUAACACGUGGAUGGGUGAUCCGGGCAAGAUGUUGCUGUUGGAGUCAAUUUUGCGGGUGAUUAAGCAGGAAUCGUUGCUGGAGAAUGUGCGUCGAACGGGCGACAAGCUGAAGGAUGGGCUGAUGCAGGCACAGAAAGAGUUCCCACAGCUGCUGAGUGCGGCACGUGGACGGGGAACGUUCCUGGCGAUUAAUUGUGCGACACCGAAGCUGCGGGAUGAUAUUGUCGGCGCGCUGAAGCAGAAAGGCGUUCUGUCUGGCGGAUGUGGUGAGCUGAGCAUUCGCUUCCGUCCCGCCCUCAUCUUUGGCGAGAAGCAUGUGGACAUCUUUUUGGACAAAUUCCGGCAGGUGCUGAAGGAGGUGAAGUAAAC